AUGGGAAAACGCAUCGUGAUCACUGGAGGCUCCGGCAAAGCCGGACAGCACAUUAUCAGAUAUCUCCUCCAACAAGACCAUGAUAUCCUGAACCUCGACCUCGUUCCUCUUCCCGCCGAGCUGGAGGAGCGUGUCCACACCUUGCGUGUCGACCUGACAAACACGGGACAGGUAUACAGCGCACUGGGCUCUCAUUUCCACUUGUCAGAGCCAUUCCGCGAGCCACUGGAGCUAGUCCCCGAUGCAGUCAUUCACAUGGCCGGGUAUUCCCGCAACAUGAUCGUCCCAGACGACGAAACCUUCCGCGGCAACACCUCGGCAACGUACAACAUAAUCGAAGGCGCCUCGCGCCUCGGCAUAAAAAAGAUCAUCAUCGCCAGCUCUGUCACCGUCUACGGCGUGAGUUUCGCAGAGGGAGAUGUAGAUUAUCCCUCCUUCCCAGUCGAAGAAACCGUGGACGCAAACCCUAUGGACACAUACGCCAUCUCGAAGGUGUGCGGCGAGCGCAUUGCUCGUGGGUUCGCGCGUCGGUAUGGAAGCGAUAUCUAUAUCCUGCGCAUUGGACGUAUUGUCGCCCCGGAGGAAUACAAACAGUCCAUGUUCCGAUCAUAUGUUGAGAAUCCCGAGAAAUGGGCACCGCACGGCUGGGCGUACAUUGAUGCUCGUGAUCUCGGGCAGAUGUGUGAUCUCGCGAUUCAGAAGGAUGGUCUUGGAUUUCAGAUCUUUAAUGCGGUCAAUGAUGAAAUUACGAAUUACGAGAACACCGCCGAGUUCCUGGCGCGGGUUUGUCCCCAUGUCCCGGUUACACGCGAGUUGGGGGUCAGAGAGGCUCCCAUCAGUAAUCGGAAAAUUAAGGAACUGCUUGGGUUUCAGGAAGAGCAUCAUUGGAUGAAGUAUUAUGAAUGA